AUGGCGCCCCAGCUCGACGGCUACUUCUCCCAGGUCGACGCCCUGUCGGACCACUUCAUCGACCGCCUCGCCAAGGCCGUCGCCAUCCCCUCCAUCUCGUCCGACGCCGCCCGCCGCCCGGAUGUCGUCCGCAUGGGCGAGUGGCUGGCCCAGGAGCUCAAGGCCCUCGGCGCCAGCGUCGAGCUGCGGCCCCUCGGCAAGCAGCCUGACAACCCCAGCCUCGACCUGCCCCCCGUCAUCCUGGCCCGCUACGGCUCCGACAAGGCCAAGCGCACCAUCCUGGUCUACGGCCACUACGACGUCCAGCCCGCCGAGAAGAGCGACGGCUGGGCCACCGAGCCCUUCACCCUGACCGUCGGCGACGACGGCCGCAUGUUCGGCCGCGGCAGCACCGACGACAAGGGCCCCGUCCUGGGCUGGCUGAACGCCAUCGAGGCCCACCAGAAGGCCGGCGUCGACUUCCCCGUCAACCUGCUCAUGUGCUUUGAGGGCAUGGAGGAGUACGGGUCCGAGGGCCUGGAGGAGCUGAUCGAGCAGGAGGGCAAGGCCUACUUUGCCGACGCCGACGCCGUCUGCAUCUCGGACAACUACUGGCUCGGCACCGAGAAGCCCUGCCUGACCUACGGCCUGAGGGGUUGCAACUACUACAGCGUCGAGAUCUCGGGCCCCGGCGCCGACCUGCACUCCGGCGUCUUCGGUGGCACCGCCCAGGAGCCCAUGACGGACCUGGUCAGGGUCCUGGGCAGCCUGGUCGACACCCACGGCAAGAUCCAGAUCCCCGGCAUCAUGGAGCAGGUCGCGCCCGUCACGGCCGAGGAGGAGAGCCUGUACGACAACAUCAGCUUCACCAUGGACAACCUGCACGAGUCGCUCGGCUCCAAGACGACCAUCUUCGAGGACAAGAAGUCCACCCUCAUGGGCCGCUGGCGCUACCCGUCGCUCUCGGUCCACGGCAUCGAGGGUGCCUUCUCGGCCCCGGGGGCCAAGACCGUCAUCCCGGCCAAGGUGAUCGGCAAGUUCUCGAUCCGCACCGUGCCCGACAUGGAGAUCGACAAGACCAACGAGGUCGUGGCCAAGUACGUCGAGGACGUCUUUGCCAAGCUGGGCUCCAAGAACACGCUCAAGGUCUACCCGCAGCACACGGGCAAGUGGUGGGUCGCCUCGCCCAACCACUGGAACUUCCGCGCCGCCGGCAAGGCCGUCGAGCGCGUCUGGGGCGUCCAGCCCGACUUCACCCGCGAGGGCGGCAGUAUCCCCGUCACCCUCACCUUCGAGCAGGCCACCGGCAAGAACGUCCUGCUCCUCCCCAUGGGCAGCAGCACCGACGGCGCCCACUCCAUCAACGAGAAGCUCGACAAGCGGAAUUACAUCGAGGGCAUCAAGCUCCUCGGCGCCUACCUGCACUACGUCGCCGAGGAGGAGCAGGCUUGA